AUGUCUCCUGAACUCUCCGUCAGCACAUCACAUCCGAUCUCCUCUCUUACGCUUUCAUCGUCCGGCUGGCUACAUGCAGAGGACGGGACCCUACGGAUAUACCACAUUCCUUCUCCGCGAGUUGUUCAAGCCAUCAAGUUGUCGGGAGAUGAGAUAUCUUCCGUCGUCUGCACAAGGGCGAAGGAGGGCAGGGAAGGCUGUAUUUGGCUUGCCAGCGGUCCCCGAGUUAUAGCAUUCCCGGCUGAUUCUGACAAAAUGAUAUUGACGGAAAAAGACGCUGAAUGCACUCUGAUACUUGGAGAGGAUAAAGAAGAUGUAUUGAAUGAGCUCAGUGUGAGUGACAAUCAAAAACAUAUCGCCUUUGGUACAGAUGGUGGCACUGUUGGCGUGAUCGAACUUUCCACGAGAAAAGUUACCAAGAUGAAGGCAGGCCAUAACAACAUAUGCGGCACGGUGAGGUUCAUACCAGAUCGACCAAGCGAACUCGUCAGUGGGGGAUAUGAUUCGGCAGUGCUGCAGCACGACUUCGUGCAAAAUGCCAUGUUGUCGCGUUUUGAUAUUGUUACAUCUCAACCAGAAAGUGGCGUCUCACUGUCCCCACCCUUCGUACUUUCAACCUCCGUCAGUUCGACAGGAUUCUUCGCAGCCGCAACUGCAGAUGGCCGCGUAUGGCUUGGGGCUGGUGGUGAAAAGCGUCUCUCGCCUUCGAGACUUCGAAGAAAACGGCACCGGAAAUGGGAAGGUCUGAAGGAGGAUGAAGGUUUGUGGAUGCAUAUUGCGGAGGGCCCGAUAGUAGCCGUGGCAUUUCUUGGCCCCGGCGUGCUCGUGACAUGCACGUUGCUAGGCAAAUUAGCCACAUAUGCGGUGUUUCGUGGGACAGAAGACAAUCUUGUAACCCAGAAAGGGUGGUCGGCUGAGACCUCGGGCAUAGCGAAAGUGAAUGCAAUGUGUGUGAAGGACCAUUGGAUAUUCGUAGGGGGACUGAACAACGAUGGCAAAGGCAUGAUCGAAAUGUGGAACACGCGUGAUACGGAGGAUUGGGGUGUGAAGAAUUAG